AUGGCGACCUUCGGUAUCUUUAGCAGGGCAUCGAAGGUACUCACGUUGAGAACACAGUCACCUGUGCUACGAAUACACAGAGCCAUGUCCAGUUUACUGAUAGAAGACCCCAAGUAUUCAUGGCUCAAGGACUUGGGUCUGUCAUCAUCCAACAAUGGCGCGUAUUACGGCAAAUGGGGUGGAUCAGGAGAGGAAACAACAUCAUAUUGCCCAGCAAACAAACAGCCCAUUGCCAAGGUAACGCAGGCUAGCCCAGCUGACUAUGAGAAAGCUAUUCAAGCCUCUAGGGAAGCGUGGAAUGUAUGGGCUGAUGUACCAGCACCACAGAGAGGAGAAAUUGUUAGACAGAUGGGAGAAGCUCUGCGGAAACACAAGAAUGCACUGGGAAAGUUGGAAGCCCUUGAGGUGGGCAAGAUCUUGGCAGAAGGAGAGGGUGAGGUACAGGAAUACAUUGACAUCAUUGAUUAUGCUGUGGGACUUUCGAGGAUGUUUGCAGGUCAUGUCUUUCCAUCUGAGCGUCCUAGUCACUUGUUGAUGGAGCAGUGGAACCCCCUGGGAGUGGUCGGUGCCAUCACUGCAUACAACUUUCCUGUUGCUGUGUAUGGCUGGAAUUCCUCUAUAGCACUUGUCUGUGGGAAUGUGAUGCUAUGGAAAGGAGCUCCUACAACACCUUUAGUCAGUGUAGCCAUUACAAAAAUUUUAUCAUCAGUAUUGGAAGCAAAUAAUCUACCAGGUGCCAUUUGUUCCUUAGUUCAAGGUGGUGCUGACAUCGGAACGCUGAUGGCCCAGGAUACCAGAGUAAACCUGCUGUCAUUCACCGGUAGUACUCCAGUUGGCCACAAAGUGUCUAUGAUGGUGCAGGAACGAUUCGGAAAGUUUCUCUUAGAGCUGGGAGGUAACAAUGCAUUGAUAGUGAACGAGGAUGCUGAUAUAGAGAUGGUUGUACGCUCAGCCUUGUUUGCUUGUGCUGGGACAGCUGGUCAAAGAUGUACGACUACCAGACGACUGAUGUUACAUGAGAGUGUACACGACGAGGUAGUGGGGAGAUUGGUGAAAGCAUAUGGACAGCUUAGAGUAGGCGACCCACUAGAUGCUGAAACUCUGUACGGAC